AUGGAUGCGUCCAGAGGUCGACCGCCUUCUGUCGGCAAGCAGCACCGCUUUUCCGCCUCCGGCAAGCUCCUUACAAAGGAGCGGAGACGGUCGUCGUCGCGGUCGUCCAUUUUGCGCCGUCUCAGUAUGUCUGCCAACAAUGUGCUAAGCGCAUCGGACGACGUUUCGGCGUCGGCACCAGCGCCAACGGCACGACAACCCGACAAUGCAGGGCCCGGCAGCGUUCUGCCUGUUCAGAGCAGCAACAAACAGCAACAUCAACAGCCAGUCGAAUCGACGCCGGCACCAUCAGGUGGGCUCAUGUCGUUCCGCAAACAUUUUCGACGGUCAAAGAAGCAGCCUCUCGUCGCACCGGAGAGUGGCGUCGCUCCCACUAGCGAUAGAGGCGGAACUGCCAAUGCGCCGACGAUUAGCGCCGGGAGUGAGACGUCGCCCACCAUCGGGACCGGGGUCGCAAGUGACAUUGUGAGUGGUGAUGGUAGCGACAGUGGUGGCAGUGAGAGCGGGAGUGUCGUUGAGCCUUACGACAGCGCCGAGUACGAAACUGGCAGUGAAAGCAUCGUCGAGGCCUCUCGAAGCGCAGAAGACAACCUCGGGAGUCUGGAUCCAACGACGACUGUUGGAAUGCCACUCGUCUCGACACGGACGGCGAGCGCGAAGGCACCAAGCUUUCCAAAGACGGACAACCGGACGAUAACACCGUCCAUCCCGGCGAGUGGGAAAUCGGACAACGGACCUGCCGACCAGUUGCCGCAUCCUGAGCAGGCUCAACAGCCGGAGCCGCCACAGCAGACCCCGGCAACAUUUGUCGUGCCUGGUCCUCCUCCCCCAGUGCCUCAGAAGGAACCGAAACCGGCUAGUAUCCUAUCACCGCCACCCAUACAGCCCAAGAUCCCGGCACCUCCAGCGCCGGCCGGAGGUCCCACAACACGAGGGCCUCCUGCGCAAACCAACAGCUCGAGCAGCGCGCCGCCGUCACAGUCUGUACAGAGCCUUCAAGCGAUUCAGAGAGCAAACCAAGAACGGCAACAGCAGAACCCAGGUGGCCGCGUCUCGGCGCCGGUGACGACGAAAGAUGCAAAGGAAAAGUCCGGUGGCAUUCUCGGCGGCUUCAAGAAACUUCGGCGCUCUGAUACCAAACGUGGCAGUAGCUUGGAUCCCGCACGACCGCAACAGCCGCCUGCCAAUGCGAGCACAGAUGCAACAAUUAACAUGCCGACGGCAGUAGCAACCUCGACCGUGCCGGAGACUGUGGCGUCGGCACACGCGUUGGUCUUACAUCAGACAACGCCGCAGGCACAGCCGUCUCAGCAGCCACCUCCGGCCCAGGCCACAGCCGUGCCUCCCCCUCCACCCCCGAUUCACCUGCCGCCCAGUGAAGGUCGAGGAAUCGACAUCGACCAUGUACCGGAUAGUUUACGUCCGGGAGGUGGUCAACCUGUACAACAGCACCGCCAACAUCAACACCCGCUCCAGCAGCAACAGCCGCAGAGCCACCGACCUGGAUAUGAGCAGCCAUCUCAACACGCGGAAAUUGUACAGCAACAGCAACAGCAACAACAACCCCACCAAAACCAGCAGCAGACUCCAUGCCACAGCUGCAAAGCCUACUAUGAAGCUGCGUGGGCGCAGUCCGAGAUGAACAUGUAUGCUCUAUCGUCACAGCUGGCUGCUGCCCACCAGCAGAGCGCCGGCCAGGUUGCCCUUUUGCACGAACGAGACGCCGAGAUUGCCGAGCUAAACGCCCUUGUCGGCCGCCUGCGCACCCGCAUUCAAGAGCAGGUGAAACAGCUCGAGCAACUGCCCGCUGGUCUACCAGGACUCAAUACCAUGUCGGGUCUCAAUGGCUACGCAGCCGGCGGUGUCGGCCAGCUGCCCGAUGGCCAGAUCCGUUCUCGAUGGAAGGGCCUGCGCUGGCAGAUCCGGCAGUGUGUGGAGUCCCGCUUGGCCGCUCUGCCGCCCUCGUCUGCGGCGUCGGUGCCCGUAUCGUCCGAGCGAGCACCCUUUUUGCGGCGCCUAACGCCCGACUUUGACAAGUUUUUAAACUCGCGAAAGGGUUCCGUCUACCUCGUGGAGGCAGCCAUCUGGGCUGUUUUGGCGGACAGCGUGUUUGGUGGCGCCCGCCGGUCGAGCCGCAUGUGUUGGGCGGCACGCUGGUCGACGUCUCUCGCAAAAAUGAAUGCAGACGACAAUAUGAUGUACAGUCGCUCGACCGAUCCGACAUUCCAUCAGUGGCGUGUGCAGACGGCUGUUUUUGUGAGUAGCCUGGAUGCACCGGCCGAAGGCGACCAACAGCAGCAGCAGCAGCAGCAGCAGCAGCAACAACAACAGCAGCAACAGUCGGUUGUAGUUGCGCCAUAUGUCGAAGCGGUCGUGCGCCAGCUCGAGGUUGAAGUGGGUGUUUUGCUGGCUCUCGGGACAGGAGGUCCGGGUGGCGUUGAAGAUGGAGGAGCCGGUGGUGCCACAGGCCACAGGGAAACGCCUCCUCCUCCUUUGUCACCGACUUCGUCUUCUUCGUCGUCGUCCGCUCUCCGGCAUCAGCUCUAUGAUGUGGUCUCCGAAGCAAUUGGCCUGGAUGCGGAUCUGUGCCAACAACGUGCAUGGUUCUAUGUCCACUACCCAACAUCGACAAGCGGCCAGCACUACGGCAUGCCAUUCGACCCACGGGAAAUGGAGUCGGUCAAUGUGACAAGCGAAACGACUCCGGCAAACAAUGGGGAUGGAAGUGAAACUCACCCUAGACUCUCCAUGUCUGUCAUGAACAGCAGCAGUAACAAUGUCAACAGUGUGAGCGCCAGCAAUGGCCACCACGCGUCUGACGACAUCACUCUUGUUGUACGCCCAGCUUUGUUUAAAGCGGGAAACUCGCGUGGCGAGGAUUACGGGCAGACAGUGUCGAUCGAGCCGAGCAUUGUGUGCCAGACGACACCUACCGGGCGUGGAUUCCGGCGAUGGGCAGGCGGUCGACGUGAUCGGUCGCGGUCGAGAGGAUGA